AAUACAUAUAAGCUUUUACACUUAUCUGGCUUUGUAGGCUGCUUGAGUGCAAUGCGUGACAAAGCCCUUUAACUGAAGUGGAGCACCUGUGUUCCAGGCCGUGGGCCUUUGCAGCUUACCUCGAUGUACUAUUUAGUGUUACCCUCACCAGCUUUAUUAUAAUGAUGCUCAGCUCCGGACACUUCCAUAUUGGCGACACGCAGCUCUUGCGCGGAAGGUGUCGCUAUGCAACAUAUGCGAGGUGGAACUCUUGGGGCAUUGGGAACACAAAGGCGCCGUCGUCUUUAGCGUCUGGCGUUCGGCGACAACCGUGCAAGUGUGAAUGCCUGAACGCUGAGACGCAGGCCAUGUACGCCCCUGACGUUCACAACCCCGCCUGCCCAAAACCCACUCCAGAUGCCGCCGCGGCCCGCCGCGGCCUUGCCUCCAUGGCCCAGCUGGCGUCCGCCUGGGCGCAGGUGUCCAGCCGCCUGGCCCCAGGCACCUCCCUGGACUCCACCGACCCCAUGGAGGGGCCAACGGCCCCAGCAGCGGUGGCGACGGCGGGUGGCACGUACCCGCAGCCAAGGGAUACAGCCGGCAGGGACGGCGGCGGCGGUGCGAGCGGUUGGGGUGCCGCGGAUGGCGUUGCGGUGGGAAGGCCUGUGGAGGCCCUGCUGCAGCCUGUUACCGUGUCGGAUGCCAGUCCGUCUCUGUUACCGGAGCACAUAGCAAGUGGGUCUGCUGCCCAUGCGCUGCUGCAACAGCCGCAGCAGCAGGCGCAGCAGCAGCACCACCAGACGGGAGCCUUGUCCGCUCUGCUCCAACCACCGAUCCAUCACUACCACCAUCACCAGCAGCAAGAACAGCAGCACCAGCACCACCAGCAGCAAGAACAGCAGCAGCAGCAUGCACACAUCAGCGCCAAUACCCGCCAGCCCUGGAUGCACCCUCCAACACCCCUCCAACACCAGCACCAUCAACCACCUCCACUCCAACCCAACCCCCACCCGCAACAAAACCAACAACAGCAACAACAACACUUCGAGGCCAUCAUCACCGCCCUCAAACUCGCCCUCGCAUCCCUUCAAUCCGCACCUCCACGCCGCGACGGCCGUACUCCCGCCACUCGUGCCGUACAACUCGCCUCUACCCUGGCAGACCUGUGCGCCGCGGGGCUACCGCUGGAUGCGGCCGCGAUGUGUGCGGGGGUGGUGGCAGAGGCUGCGGAGCUGGGGGCGCUGGGGCAUGACGUCAUUCGCGCGCAGCUGGGUCCCGGCGUGGCGGCGCUGGUGCAUGACAUGCUGCGGGUGCGUGAGGCGCCGCAGCGGAUCGAGGUGCUGGAUGAUGAGGGGGCGAGCGCGGUCCGCGAGUGGUGCCUGGCGUGUCACGACGUGCGCGCGUGUGCGGUGGAGGUGGUGGGCUGGUGGGACGAGCUGCAGCACCUGGGGGGGCUGCCGAGGGGGGAGCAGCAGGCGCUGGCAAUGGAGUCGCUCCAGAUCGGCGCCCCGCUGGGCCACGCGCUGGGUCUGGGGCCGCUGAGUGCCAUGAUGGAGGACAUAUGCCUGCGGGUGUUGUUCCCCAGCUCCUACGCCUCCACCUCCGCCUGGCUGCGCGCGCUGCUGGGCCCGGGGGAGGCCGGCCUGGCAGCCGCACGGCAGCAGCUGCAUGCCACCCUGGAGGCACACCCGCAGUUUGGUGCGCUGUCGGGCGGGUUGCUGAUCAAGUCGCGCACCAAGAGCCUGUUCAGUGUGAUGAAGAAGCUGCUGCACCUGGGUGACAUGGCGCGAGGAGGGAGGAGCCGGGAGGAGCUGUACGACCUGCUGGGCAUGCGUGUCAUUGUGCAGCCGCCCCCACACCUGCCACCGGGGGAGGCGGAGGCGGCCGCCACCAAGGCAUGCUACAUCGUGCAGGAGGUCGCAUGCAACCUGUGGCGCCCCAUUCCGACUCGGUCCAAGGAUUACGUCACCACACCCAAAGUAAACGGCUACCAGUCCAUCCACCUCACGCUGCAGCUGGAUAGCCAGUCAACCAACGCAACGUACCCGUACGGCACCGGGAAAGCGUCUGAAGCAGCAGCGGCGGAUGUUGCGGGCGACGGACCCAUGGGUCCGUCUGGGCCGUUGUUCAUGGAGCUGCAGAUCCGCACGGACGCCAUGGACCGGGCGGCGGAGAGCGGCGAUGCGGCACAUGCGGUGUACAAGGGCGGCAUGGACGCACACACCGCACGACAGCUGCAGGCAUGGACAUUGGAGCUGCGAUCGCGGCUGGCCAGCUCACCUCGCGGCCAGCUGCUGCUGCGGGCGGCGUCUAAGGGAGGCGCCCUCAGGUCGCAAGCAUCACUGAGCCCUGAAGAGGCACAGGCGGCAGCAGAGCGCCGCCGCCGCAGGCGGGAACGCCGGGCAGCGGCAGCCGCCGCAGCGGCGACCGCCGUUGCCGAAGCAGCGGCAGCAGAGCCGUCGCCUGACGCCGUUGCUGGUGCGGCGGUUGCUACUGCCGCCGUGGAGGAGCCUACUCCCCCCGCCGCAUCAGCUGUGGUUCAUUCCUUGGAUCCAAAAGGUGCUGCUGGUGUGGUUGUUGUUGGUGCGGCAAUGGAGCCGCCCGUGCCGACGCUGUUGCCCCGGCCGCGCCGACCCGGCGGGUCGGUCGCACAUACGCCCGGGCUUCCACCAUCGCCGCCGCUUGCGACGAAGCCCCCGCACCUGCACCCGCCCAGGGUAGAGCCACGGCGCGACGGCGCGAUGCCCGUUACUGCUGCGACUGCCGCUAGACAUGAAGAUGGUCCCAGCGAUGCGCACGAACGUGAGGACCAGCGACGACUAGACCGCGGGACGCCCGCGAAGGAGCGGCAAUGCGGAGGAAAAGGAGCCGUCCUUCCAGUCGCAUCUAUUGAGGCUGCUGCAAACGGGUCAUCAAGAACCGCAACCACAGCAGCAACCAGCAAUGGUAACGUCGGCGCUUCAGCACCUCCCCUCGCCGUCCCCUCUCCACACGUGUUUGCCGCCAUGCCUACCUCCUCGCCGGCAGCCUCCGCCGCCCUUCCCAUGCCCUCGAGCAGCCCCCCAUCGCUCCUCCUUUCGAGCUCAACAGCUCAUGGACAGCCAGGGUCAAGCCUAAAUGGACAGCAACCGGAGCAGCAAGGGCAGCUACCGGACCAGCUGCUGGAGGGUUCGCAUCAGCUGCCGGAUCAGCGGCAGCAAUGGUUAGGAGGAGAGCAGCAGCAGCAAUUGGAGGAGGGCGGAGGGCCGCAGCAGGCGGGGGCCAUGCUGUUCGGCAGCCUGGGUAGCAUCGAUGAGUUUGAUGAGGCUGUGGUGAUUGGGUUUCCGCCUCGAGAUGCGGCUGCGGCGGCAGAGGAGUUGUUCAGACACCUGGACGUGAAUGGAGACGGUCGCCUUAGUCUAGGUGAGGUGCAGCAGGCGCUGCUCGACCUGGCUGCCCCCGCAAGCGACCGGGACGCCGCAGCCCUCAUGGCCGCCCUGGACCUCAACGGUGACGGGGGAGUCAGCCUGGAGGAAUUCGUAGAGGGCGUGCGGUCGGCGCAGCUGCAGCAACAACAGGAGUAGGGACACCAGCAGCAGCAGCCGGGGCAGAGCGGUGUCCGGGGCAGGGCAGAGCGGUAUGUAGUAGUGCAAGCCCUGGUAGGGCAGCACGAGCCGCAGGGGGAGCUGGGUGUGCAGUGUGUGAGUGGCGUGAGGACAGUAUUACACAGGGAUAGCUGAGAGAGGAGCGCUGUGGCUGAGAGAGGCUCACAGACCGGGCCAGCACGGCUUUGUGGAGUAGGGAAGCGCGAGCAGGAGUGCUAGCAGGAGAUGCAUGGGGCCGCAGGUUUCUACCAUGAGCCAGAUGACAGUACUGGUGUUCAUGUAUGUGAGACGUGGGAGUGGCGGUUGGGACUUACAAGCUCAAUGAACGUUGCAAGUUGGACACGUGGUGAGAGGAGAGGUGAGUGACAGGGGAAUCAGGCGGUUGCCUAGCUGCUGUUGUUGUUGUACGCAUCGUUGGACGAGGGCGUGUUGUUGCGUUGUUGCAACCCAGGACAUUAGACUUAAGAGUAUACGGUAUGCAGCAGCUGGCUAAUUGCUAAACUGUGUUGAACGCCCUCCGUAAUGGAGGUAUGUGUACGGCGCUUUGUUCUCGCUGCUUAUGGACGUGCUAAUGCUACGCCUAGCGCAAAAUCGUUAAAUAUGUGGUGCCCGUUUGGUGGUUGGGACUGGUUAGGACAGGGCAGCAUCUGGUUGUUAGCGCAGAUGCCCAAGCCCACCGCAGGAUGCUUGCUAGGUGACAAUGUCCUCUAACGCUGUAUCCAACCGCAUGUGAUCGCAUGGGCCACAUUGCGAGUGGGGAAGAGUGCACGUUGUGUUACUAGACGCGGCGCCGUUGGUUCCGUGAGGGACCGUAGCUCCCCUCCGUCCUGUAAGAUGAGACCUGGCCGGGUCAGCUUU